AUGCAUAUUCAAAUUCACUCGAAGCUCACAAUAAUCGAUGCGGAAAACGGAGAUAAAAUUGGAGGUUGUGGGAAAAAUGCACUGCAUCCUUAAAAAAAACAUAUUUCAGAACGGGAAAUUCGAGAGAAAGUGGAUAAGUAUGCGGAAAUUUUAAGAAAUUCAAAUUUCCGCCCGGACGACGUCGUUUUAAUCGCGAUUCCGCGCAGUCCGGACACUAUUUUGGCGAUCAUUUCGUAGAAAGUGCACAAUUUUCGAGAAAAAGUGUGCUUUUUAGGUGUCUUCAACUGCAAGUCGCCUUCACAUUUUGUCAAAUCAAUCAAUACGACCGAUUUCGGACCACCCUCACAUUUGACGGCGAAAAAGUACGUCGGUCCAACAUAAUAGAACUGGGCAGAAUAGAACCGCGACACAAUAGAACUGUUUUUCAGUAUUUAUAUGAGCAUUUUGUCCGUUCCUUUCAAUUAACUUUCGCAAAAUUUUUCGUCUCUCGAACAAUUAAGCAGAAGACCACAGUUUAAACCUAGAAAAUUGGUUUCCUUUCGUUUUUGAUAGUACAAUACAAUUAUUUUCUGUGGGUUUUCGUUACCGUAGAGAAGAGGGAUCGCGAUGGAAGGGAAAUUAAUAAAUACAAUAAAUCGAUCACGAGAUUCAAAAAUUAUCUUUUUCAGCGAAACAAUUAUUCUACGGAAAGGUUUAAAGGCGCUCCAAACAGUUAUAUUAUGUCGCGGUUCUAUUCUGCGCAGUUCUAUUAUUUUGGACCGCCAAAAGUACGGUUCACGGUAUCCCUCCUCGGGGGCCGAAUGUUCUCAAUGGGGCGCACUUGCAACAGGCGGGCUGUGUCGAUUUACGCGGCUGUUCAAAAGUUACAACGACACUCCGCAAUUUACGAGCGCACUGGGUUUAGCAUAAGCGCCCUGUGCGCGGUUGUUUUCGAUUGCUUGCGUAAAAACAGGUUUUAGGUUAGAAGAAUCGGUGAAAAUGCUGAAAUCGAUGGAUUUUCCGAUGUUUGUUACGUGAUCACGACGAGCGGAACGACGGGAGCACGGAAACAAGUGGCGGUGCCGGAGGAGUGCAUUUGGAGAAAUAUUGAACACUUUUGGUGGGCGAAAAUGAGCAUUUUUGGAGAAUUUUUUUUAAAAAAACCUUCUUUUUUCCAGUUCGCUCUUCCAACUGACGCCUUCCGACUCGAUUCUCUUCUCCACGUCGCUCCUCUUCGACCCGUCGAUCGUCGAACUGUUCAUGGCCUUCCGAUCGGGAUGCCAACUCAUCCUCACCGCCGACUCUUUCCGCACCGAACCGCACCGAAUGCAAGCGGCCAUCGAUCGAUUCCGUCCGACCGUCGGUCAGUUCACUCCGACCGUGUUCGAGAUGCUUCCCUCGGGAAACCUCCUCUCCGCCGCCUCUUCCCUCCGCAUCCUGCUCCUCGGCGGCUCUCAUUUCCCCCUGCAGCUCGUCCGUUCGACACGACAUCCGGACAACAGGACACGAGUGUUCAAUGUGUACGGAGUGACCGAAGUGUCCUGUUGGGCCACGAUUUUUGAGGUGGACGCAGAGUGCGAAGACGUUCUUUUGGGCGAAGAGGUCGGCGGAUCGACGGUGGAAGUGACCGAGCAGGGAGAACUUCUCAUAGGUCGGUGGGCGUCUUGCUGACUUUCAUCGAAGGUUUAGAGAAAAGAUUUGAGCCCAUUGUGAAAUGAAAAAGUAUGGAAUCAGUGAAAAAUGCUCUCCAUUUUGCUGUUUUUGAAGCUCUCGUCGGUAAUUACAGUUACAGGCGGUCCGAGACAAUGCUACGUGAAUGGAGUGAAAAAGGAAAAUCAUCACAGCGGGGAUCGAGUGGAACGGACGACGGGCGGACUGAGAAUCACGGGAAGGAUUGACAGACUGGUAAUCGAUUACUGUAGAAUACUGUAAUAAAAGAUCUGCCGGUAGGGAUAUCAAAAGCUUGUCAACUGAUAAAUUGUGCAUUUAGAAAUUCUGUACAUUUUGUCAGUUGACAGCGUUUCGAUAUCUCCACUGAAAAUUGAGAUACAUCGUUUUUUUGCUUACGGUAUACUGUACUCACCUGCAGAUCAAACAUCGUGGCAUCCGGAUAUGUCUCGACCACCUCACCGCCUUGGCCCUCCGUGAAAACCCCGAAAUUCGGGCGGUCCACUAUCUCCAUCACAACGAGCGGAAUCUGGUGCAAUUCACAGUCGGCCCAACGUCCUCCUCCACCAAAAAACAUUGCAAAUCUAUGAAAUUGGAUGCGGCUACCGUAAUCCCGGUUACUGUAGUCGACGUGGCACAGAUGCCGAUCAAUUCGAGCGGAAAAGUGGACGAGAAGGAGCUGCUGAAGAUUUUGGAUAUUUUGGAAACCGACGAAGACGAAACGUUUCUGGAAAAGCUGGAAAAGGCACUGGAUUCGAUGAUCCAUGAAGAUUCAGAGGAGACUUUUGUGAGCCUCGGUCUAAAAUCCCUUCAGGCCGCCGUGCUCUCAUCCCAUUUCGGAGCUCAAAUAGAGGGAGAAGCCAUGCGGGCGAUGCUCGACCCGAAAACAACAAUUCGAGCGUUUCUCGAGAAGUUUAAACCGAAAAAGCGACCAAGACAGCAGGAAACACGAGAUAUUGUGCAUGUGAAAGUGCACAAAACGGCUCAACCACGAAUGAGAUGGGCGGUCGAUCUGAAAAAGUGCAUCGACGGAAACGUGUUGAUCGUCAACGAAUCGCUCGUGGUCUGCGCUUCUCAUUCGGGCGCCGUCGUCGCGAUGAAUCCACGAAACGGACGGUGUUUGUGGAGAACCGAGUGCGGAGUCAGGUUCGAAGCCACGCCCACUUUAGCGGAUGGACAGAUCGUUUUGGGUACUGCACAAGAGGGGCUUGGCCUCGCAUUUCAAUCCCAUUUCCCAAUGUCCACGCGAUUCAUUUUGCUGUUUGCACGCCAAAAUGAUGCUAGGCCACGCCCCUUUCUCAACUUUUCGUCAUCGUGUCGGCAUACCGGAGUAAUUUUACAAUAUUUUGCAGGCAACAAAGUGAACGGACUCUUUUUCCUCUCUCUGGACUCUGGCGAACUUCUGGCUCAACACAAAUACGAUGUGGAGGCCGAAAUCGGAGUGCGAGCAUCGUGCGCUUUCGACGGACAAUUCCUCUAUUGUACGUCCGAAAACGGCACCUUCCACGCCGUCCAUCCCACAGUAAUCCUCUGCUUUUCGACGUGAAAGUUAUGCUAUUCUUCAGACGCGUCUCCCGGUUUUCAACCUAAAAAUUGGCCAGAAACCGGGCGGAACAUCGGUUGGACCAGUGCAGGGACCGGAUGGGGCCAUUUACGCGACAACGACGGCCGGUACGGUAGCCAGGAUUACGGUAGCAUCGAAAAAAUGCACGUGGCAACGAGAUUUCGGACCGAUUUUUGCCGAGCCGACUUUUUCGGGAGAAUCGAUGUUUGUCCUUAAUGUGCAUGGAAAACUGCACAUUUUACACCCGGAAUCUGGAGAGAUUCAGGUAAUAUUGAGAAUUGUCGCUGCUUUCCUUAAUAAAACCUGUUUUUAGGACAAAAUUACUCUGGAAAAUGAGCACUGCUUCUGCGCUCCACUGAUAAUCGACAGCGCGCAUUUGCUCGUCGCCACGCAAUCCGGAAAACUGAUUCAAUUGAGAUGGACGCCGAAUUUGACAGUUCGGAAGGAAUUUCGUUUUGAUCUACCGCCAAUUUCGUUUGUUAAAACGCCGAAAAUCUGGGAAACCGGCGAGAUUAUUCUGAUGUCGAAGAACGGAUGGAUUCUGAUCGGACGGCUCGGAAAAUUGGACGAAAUGCGCGCAAUUCCAAUGAGCGAAAAGGAAAUAUUCACGGCGCCCGAGAUUCUGAACGAUGGACGGACGAUUCUGACGGCCGGAAGGGACGAUUACUUGAGAGCCUGGAAUGUUGAACUGAAUUCGUUUUGGAUUUGA